AUGUUCUCAUCACAACAGCAAGGGAAGGCAACAUAGGAAGGAAGUAUAGGACAUACAAUAACUUUAAGUACAGCUGCACAAGCUAAAGGUAUGUAUGGCAUUUGUCUGCCAUUACGAAGGUACAAUUUGGUUUCGAUUGACACAGAGGUAUUUAACAGUUUAUUGUGGUUUGUGGUCGUGCAAAACUACACUAUCAGAGUGCUUCUAAAGCUACCCCCCCCCCAAAAAAAAAUGGGAAACGAUGCAAAGCAGUAUUGAAAAUUCCAACCUCUGCAGCACAAAAGGAAUAGGCUUUCACUAUUCUAUGACAUGUUUUUCCACAUGAAGUCAAUGCAGGAGGAUAUCCGGUGGGAUGUGACUGCAAACUUUUUUCGUGUGUGAGGGAGGGGGUACUGCCCCUCGGAGAAAGUUUCCACUCAAUAUGCACCUGGGAUUUUUUUCUUUUGUUCGGGUUGUUUGUCUUAAAAUUGUCACUUACACUUGUAUGGACGGAUUGCUGUGUUUUGGGAUAUUAAGCAGUAUCGUAUGCCAACGUGUGCGUCGUGCAGCUGUUUCGACGGAAGUUGGGGUACACGUUGGCGUCAGAAGAGCACGUUGGACUUCAUUUCCCGCCAUGCAAUUGACCGUCAUCUUCCGAAACACUUCGUUUGCACUUUUUUUGGAGGCUUUGUUUAGACAAACAUGGACAUUGAUUGUCUUUCAAGUGUUCUGCUGCUGUGUCCUUUUGAGUUGCUUCUGUUUUGAGAUGAGUUGAACUUGUCUCGUUACGACUCAGUGAUUCGAAUGGAGAAGUGGAACGACGACAAGCUUGUUAAAAAAAAGACACGAAAACGGAAGUUUGGAGCCAGCGCUGAAAACGCGAACAACAUAAUUGAGACUUGAAUGGCAAGUUUCACCGGGUGAUUGUUUUUUGCUCAGUCAGCAGCUGGAGUUCUCUGUGCUUUGUCCGGAAAAGAAAGGAAGUACUUUUGGUCACGAGUGAAAGGAACCCAGAGCGUGAUUAUACAUGUUUGCACUGCCUUAAAGCGUUUCUAAGCAAAGGUCUAUUUAUCAUUUCGAUUCCUAGGAGGUGGAGGAUCGAAACGUGACCCUGAAAGCUCCACCUCAGUGUCUGAUGUAGCGCUUCAAGAAUCCCUUGGCCUUUUUUAAGUGUUACAACCAUUGAUCUCGGAUUAGUUUUCGCGAGGUGGGGACCACUGUGUCAUAAUCCCUAACGAUGAAUUGAUUAGAUGCUUAACGCCGCAGAUUUUCCUGAAAGCGUAGCAAGGUGGAUUGUACGUGUUCCUGAUUUUAGUGUAAGUAUUGUAUAUUUGUAAAUACGACAAGGACAUAUCUCUAAAUUGUAAAUAAAGACACUUUAAUCACCCGUCCAAGUCAUGGAGCCGUGUGACCCGGUCGAGAGGGAGAUAAGGACCUUGUCGCUCUGCCGGCGUUUGUGUUACGCCGCCGGGCAUUUUCUCAAUGAUUUGUGUGCCUCGAUGUGGUUCACCUACCUGCUGGUCUACCUGCACUCGGUCCUGGGCCUCCGGAGCACCUUUGCCGGCGUGCUGCUGCUCAUCGGACAGGUGGCUGAUGGAGUGUGCACUCCGAUCAUUGGAUUUGAAUCCGACAGAACUCCCGGCCUGAGACACGGCAAGAGAAAAAGCUGGCAUUUGUUGGGAACCAUCUGUGUUAUCCUGUCUUUUCCCUUCAUUUUCAACCCCUGCCUGGCCUGCUCGACAAGCACCCCACAAUGGGCCGAGGUCAUCUACUUCGCCCCUCUCAUCGUCAUCUUCCAGUUUGGCUGGGCGGCCACUCAGAUUUCACAUCUCGCCCUCAUUCCAGAGCUGGUGGCCAGUGAGAGUGCAAAGGUGGAACUCACUGCGUACAGGUAUGCCUUCAGUGUGAUGGCCAACAUCAUCGUGUACACGGUGGCCUUUCUGCUCUUUCACUUCCUGGCCCAAGAGGACUUCACCGACAACCUGGGCAAGGAAGACAUUCCUCUGUUUAGGAUACUGGCUCUCGCUCUGCUGGGUGUUGGAGCAGUGUUCUCCUUCAUAUUUCACAUUGGCAUCAAGGAGAAGUCAGGAGACGAUCCACUGCUCGCACCUUCUCCAGAUGAGGAUGCGCCGCGUGUUCGAGUGUUGCAGUGGCAGCACUGGCUUAAAGAGCCUUCGUUCUACCAGGUGGCCUUCCUCUACAUGUGCACGAGACUCAUUGUCAACCUGUCCCAGUCGUACAUCUCUGUUUACCUCACUAACUCACUCUUGCUGCCAAAGAAAUACAUCGCCAUCAUUCCGCUUGUGAUGUAUGUCAGCGGCUUCGUUAGCUCGCUGACCAUGAAGCCAAUCAGCAAGUUUGUCGGCAUCACUAUCAUGUAUUUUGUCGGCCUGCUGCUGGUGAUCAGCUUUGCCCUCUGGGUGCUUUUUGACAAGAACAUGGGAGCUGAAAGCAUCUAUGGCGCAACUGUGCUGCUGGGAGCCGGCUCCGCUGUCAUCCUGGUCAUGUCCCUCUCCAUGACCGCCAAACUCAUCGGGGAGCAGACGCAAAGUGCAGCUUUUGUUUAUGGAGCAAUGAGCUUCACGGACAAGGUGGCCAAUGGUGUGGGUAUCAUUAUCAUUCAGAGUAUCAGACCGUGCAGCACAGAGGCAUGCUGCCCAGAGUGUAUUUGGUUCUAUCGUGACGUCAUGGCAACCGUGACAGGAGGCGUGGGGUUGGCCGCCGCAGUUGGCCUGUUAACAAUUCUCAUCUGGCCGCUCAAGACGAGGAAAUAUGAAUGAUGGAUGAUGAGUGUCAUCCCUAAAUUGUGAUUGUGAAAAGGAGAAAAAAAUCCAAUGGAUGUUGAAUGCAUUGUAUGCCCGACAUCUUUAUGGAUACAAUGGACACAAUUCACUUUGCUUUAUUUGUUGUUAAAAUAUAUAUUCAGUUUUGAACAGAUUGGAAAGUUGAACCCCAACAUAAUGCAUAGAUAUCGAACCUCAUUUUUUAUGUCUUGUUAUUUACUUUCAAACAACCCCACGAACAGCGAACACUAUACAAUGUAAUCCAUUCAGGACACUAAACACAUUGUUGUCGUGCAGUACUGGAGAUUUUUUUGUUUGCUAAAUGUUUUAUACUAUACAGCACAUGUUUGAUUAUAGAAAGCACACGAUUCCUUUGUCUGAUGUGAAGUGUGUGGCAUGUAUUUUAAAUUAAGUCAAAUGAUGGUCCCUUGUCAAAGAGUGGCACCGAAACCAGAUUAAAAAAUAGGAAGACAAUCUCAACAAUACAAUCUCAGCGUGUGACUGAA